AUGGACAUCGUUGCCUUCCCCCAAGCCCCUUUCUCGGCUUCUGCUCUCGCCAAUCACCGCCCGCAGCCUCCGCCAGUCUCGUCCUCAGCAGCAACAGCGCCAACCUCACCCUCGCCUGACACCACCGCAGAACCCCUUUACGACGCUCUCUCCGUGUCGUCGACAACAACCACGGCGUCCUACGCCAUUCACCGUCCACGCUAUCUAUCAUCGCGGCCGGCUGAAGAAGGGCCCUACACCGAUAUCCCGCUCGUUCCCAUUUUCACGAACAAUUCUUCUGCUGCGUCCUCCCUCCAACCUCCAGAACCCGCCUACCAACCCCCCCCUCGACGAGCAGCACAUACCCCUCACCAACGCCGCAACUCCCACGGACGCUCUCUCUUCUCAUCCAUUCGCACAAGUAUUCGCAAACCGCCAUCGUCCAGGCUCUGGAAUCCCAUCAACUACGUCCCCCGCACAACCUUCGUCACCGCUCCACGCCCUUCUCCGAUCUCCGACACCUCUCCUUACGUCGAAUCACAACGGGACGCUUAUCCUCUGCUGACCAUUCCGGAACAGCGGCGCAGUCGCCAACAACCCAGUCCAACGAGUUUGUUGGUUGAGCGCAGCGUCGCGGAUACAGAGAGUGGACGCGCAAGUAUCGGGCUUCCUCCCGGCCAUCGACGCAGUGGUGUGUGGGAAACCAUUAAUAUGGUCAACAAUUUAGAUCAAGGUACAGGGGUGAGACAAGGAGAUGCAGAUAAUAUUCGCCGGCCAGACCCCACUCACUUGCGAACCAACGGGUUAAACACUCACCAGGUUGCUGGAGCCCAUCCAGACCGCCCUCGGGAAGUUCCAUCACAACACUCUUUGCGAUCACAGACGUUUGCUUCCAUCCCUUCUACCAACGGCAAUCAUUCUUCAGGCGGCGGUGGUGCAGAUGGCGAUGUCGCGGAAGAAUUAGCCUGGGGCCCUUCACACCCUUGUUUCCCACAUAUGAAUCCACACGUCCCCGUCAAUUCUCUGGAAUACCAAAACACUCGAAUCAUCCGCAUACGACGCGAUUGGAUGGUCAAGGGUGAUCUCGCACCCACGUUUUCGAACCUAUAUCCCGAAAUCCUUGACCCGUUGCUUCCAGAGCAUGAAUUCCGAACCGUUAUCGCGAAGAUAAACGACGAACUAAUUGCUUCAUUCGACCCUUUCAGUGCACGCAACUGGCUUGACGGUGCAAUUGGACUAGCAACAGGUUGGAUCUGGGAUGACUUCGGGGCUACAGGCGUCAAGAGUCACCUGAAGUCCAUUGAGCAGUGGCUUGAGCACUGGAAUUCCAGUGUUGGUAUCAGAGAAGGCGUGAAGAUCUGGAGUUUACGGAGCACGGGCUAUAUGUCUAUCGACAUCCAGAUUCCGGACCCGAAAGUUGGCAUCGUCGAGAGCGAUGGGGCAUCUGCUACGGGCAUGAGGCCUGACACUGCAGAGCGUGAUGCCGAACACCACUUCCUCCCGCCAUCGAACAGAUGA